UUCCCUCGUUACCUCUGUCAUGUCACGUAUGGAACCGAAUUCGAUGCUGUCCCGUUCGUGUCGCAUUUUGCUCAUUGAAAGGUAUUUACUACCGUAAAUUUAUUGUAGCAUCCAAAACGAUUACAAUAUUUCCUUGAUGUUCGGGUUUGAUAAUUUAUGGCCUGUAGACCGCGUGGGUAGCUGCCUGUUUGUUUAUAUAUGAAAGUUAUCGGACUGGCGAUGCUUAGAUUUGAUUGAGGACUCAAGUGAAGAUGACAUCCUUGUCGCUGUUCGUAAUUCUCAUCAGUGUGUGCUUAUCAUUAGUGGUGAUUGAUGCCCAAAACAACGAAAAUAGGAGCAGACCCAUACGACGAAGAGAAAAUGAACCCAAAGAAUCCAAGAGGCAUGAUAACUUAGCCGGGACGGCCACCUCUAAGAGUCUGCAGCAAAGAGAAACAAAAAGAAUUCGCCCUACAACUCCUCGUGUGGUUUUCCCCGAAAGAUUAAUUCUGCGAGGAGAAAAUGGAAAAACUGGUUGGCAAUCUCAGAACAGGGUAGCGGCCAUUUUGUGUUGGUACUGUAUCACUACGCGGUCUCCACAAUACUGCAUUACCCAGUGUCACCGCCAUUGGUUGAAAUAAACCCAGUUAGAAGCUGUCUAACUGAGCAUCAGAACUUCAACAGGAGACCCCUGUAUAAAACACAUACACGUCAUUAAUCUCUGUGAUUACAAAUCUUACAUACACACCAAUAAAUCUCUGUGAUUUCGUAUCUUACAUACACGUCAUUGAUCUCUGUGAUUACGUAUCUUACACGUCAUUAACCUCUGUUAUUACACAUCUUACAUUUACAUCACUAACCUAUGUGAUUGCACAUCUUACAUACACGUCACUAACCUAUGUGAUUACACAUCUUACAUAUACAUCACUAACUUAUGCGAUUACAAAUCAUACACGUCAUUAACCUCUGUGAUUACGUAUCUUACAAUGUCUAUGACAUUUUUAAAAACGCACUAUUUUCGGUUUCUUGACCACAAUUUAUUAUCAUUUUUUUUUUUAUAAAUGUGUUGCUUGUAGAUGUUAAGUUUGUAAUAAAAAUACUAGCACCGGU